AAAAAUGAGCAUCUAAAACACGUGCAUUGGUCAUAGACCUCUGGGAAUAACAAUUACGGAAUAACAAUUUUGUUCUCGAAUGAUGGAUGGACUACAGAAGGACUUCCGCCGACGAACACGCUGUGACAGUGCAGAUAAAAGCAUUGGCCGAUUGUUCCAAAACAACCGGUGAUCAGAGCAAAUAUCCUGGAAUCAAAAUGAUCAGGCAAAUGCAUCAGAACUCAUGCUUCCUUCACGACCCCAGUUUACAAACUGUCCUACGAUAAUUGUGAUGGUUGGACUGCCAGCAAGGGGAAAAACGUAUAUCUCCAAAAAGUUAACCCGUUACUUCAACUGGAUUGGCGUACAAACUCAAGUCUUUAAUGUGGGUCAGUAUCGAAGAGAGGCAGUACAGACAUACAAGAACUAUGAAUUUUUCCGUCCGGACAAUGAAGAGGCCAUGAAAAUCCGAAGGGCUUGUGCCUCAAAUGCCCUCAAGGACGUUGCCAAUUACUUCACUAAAGAGCAGGGACAAGUAGCAGUUUUUGAUGCCACAAACACCACAAGAGAGAGAAGAGGGGUCAUCAUCAGUUUUGCCAAGGAGAGGGGCUACAAGGUGUUUUUCAUUGAAUCCAUUUGUGAUGACCCAGAAAUCAUUGAGGAAAAUAUAAUGCAAGUAAAGUUAAACAGUCCAGAUUACGAAGAUUACGACAAAGAGGAAGCGCUGGUGGACUUUCUGAAGCGUAUUGACUGUUUCAGAAUCUCCUAUGUGCCCAUGGACGAGGAGAAAGACAAACACCUCUCUUUCAUAAAGAUCUUUAAUGUGGGCUCACGGUAUCUUGUGAACCGGGUGCAGGACCACAUACAGAGUCGAAUUGUGUAUUACCUCAUGAACAUCCACAUCACUCCUCGAUCCAUCUAUCUGAGCCGUCAUGGAGAGAGUGAGCUCAACCUGCUCGGAAGAAUUGGUGGAGACUCAGGCCUUACUUCACAAGGCCAGAAGUACGCUAGUGCCCUGUCGGAGUUCAUCAGGGGUCAAGCCAUCAAGGACCUGAAGGUGUGGACCAGUCACAUGAAAAGGACUAUACAGACAGCAGAGACACUGGGUGUCCCUUAUGAACAGUGGAAGGCCUUAAAUGAAAUAGAUGCAGGUGUAUGUGAGGAGUUGACCUAUGAAGAGAUUCAGUUGAAUUUUCCGGAGGAGUUUGCACUAAGAGACCAGGAUAAAUACCGUUACCGAUAUCCAAAGGGCGAAUCAUAUGAAGACCUGGUGCACCGUCUGGAGCCAGUCAUAAUGGAGCUUGAAAGACAGGAGAACGUUCUGGUCAUCUGCCACCAGGCAGUCAUGCGAUGUCUACUGGCCUACUUUCUAGAUAAAAGUGCAGAUGAUCUUCCAUAUCUGAAAUGUCCGCUGCACACUGUUCUCAAACUCACUCCAUUAGCGUAUGGAUGCAAAGUGGAGUCGUUCUAUUUGAACAUCAAAGCAGUGAACACGCACAGAGAUAAACCACCUGAUGUGAAUGUCACAAGAAACCCUGAAGAUGCUCUCAAGACUGUCCCUGAACAUCUGUAACCUGAAUGGAAGAACGUAUGCAGUAAAGCCAUUCAAUGCAGAAACAUUUUUGGCCGAAUGAAACAAAAUAUAUCAGAUUAAGUUACAUUAGUAGGUAGAAGGAACCAUUUUAAAAGACUUAUGAAUGUAUAUCUAUCCGAAUUCAUCAAGAUGUAUAAACUUAGUGGGGUCCAAAAAGUCAGAUUUUUUUCCUUCAAUUAAACAAUGAAAAUAAAAAUAUUUAAGAUAAUGUAAGACAUUAAUCAAGUGCAAGCCAAUUAUAUGAUAUAAUGCCUAUGAGCACCUUAUCAGAAGUUGGAGCAUUUUGAAAACACUAAUAUUUUAAAGAAUUUAAAUGCAAAAAAGCAGAUCUUUAGACCCCACUAAAGUUAUUUUUGGUUGUUUGCUGCUAAACCUUUUAAAAUCUGUUGAUGUUUUAAAUGGGAAAUAUCAUGAAAAGCUUUUGAAAAGCUUUUUCAUGUUUAAGUGCUUUUAUUGGGUCCACAGUGCUUCUAUCAACCUAGAAAAUGUGAAUAAGAACAACCCGGUAACUUAGUUUUGGUAAAACAUUCUCUGCAAGCAUGAGAAAUAAUAGGUCAUUGAAAUUUGGCUCCCCUUGUGAUGUCAGAAGAGGAUAAUACUUUCCCCUUAAUCUGCAUUAUCCAACCAUAGCACUGUCAUUUAAUGCAGAGAUCAGCUCUUUUGCAUUUAAGGGGACACACCCAAAGACUGUAUAUUUUGCUCACACCUACAAAGUGCCAGUUUUUACAUGCUAUAAUAAAUAAUCUAUAUGGUGUUUUGAGCUAAAGGUUCACAUAGGUACUCUGGGGACACCAAAGAUUUAUUUGACAUCUUAAAAAAGUCUUGUGAAAUGUCCCCUUUCAAUUGAAAUGGAUAUUGCACAGAAAAAGUAAGAAUUUUAUCAACAUUUGUUUUAAGGAAAUUUUAUAUUGUGUAAAAACUAUGAUUUUGAGUUCUAGGGUCAAUUUGAUGAUGUCGUCAGAAUGGUAUUCAGGAGCUUAUUCAGUUAGUGACUAGUACCAUGGACAGCAACCAAACUAAUAAAUAAAUAUAAGAGACUCAAUCCUAAAAAUAA